UCACACUUCUCGCUCCUCUGGCUGGUUCUGUUCUCAGUUGCCCGCACUUAUAGAAGUAUCCGGAGGCUGUGCCCAGCAGUGUGCCCUCUCUGAUGCCCAUACUGCCUGAAGGGGGAUCGCGGAGUUUGCUGCAGAAGGUUGCAGACUCGGUUGGAGCUUUGGGUUGGAUUGCAUACGUUUCCUGGAUAGACGGAUCUGCACAGAGGGACCCCAGGGAAUGGGGUGUCCGCGGCCGGGGUGCCCCUGAUCUGGAUGUAUGAUCGCCUCACUGAGUGCUGGAUUACUGGGGGGCACAGCUGCUAGCAAGCAACAGGUCGGGAUUGCGUGCGCUCUGCCAGAAAGAUAUCCUUUGGAAUGCGGACUUGAUAUCAUCUUAAACAUGAAUGAAGAGGAAGCCCUCAAUCUUAUUAUGAAGGAUCUGGCCGCCCUGGGGAGAUGCGGAGGAUUGUUGGACAGUAAUCGAAACAAAAAUAACAAGCAGCAGGAUGCCCGGAUCAAGUUUGAAUACAAUGGAGAGAAGAGGAUUAUUGAAUUCAGAAGGCCGGUAAAGCUCAAGGAUGUGCUGCAGAAAGUUACAGAUGUGUUUGGGCAAACAUUGGACUUGCACUAUUCAAACAAUGAGCUCAUUGUACCACUGAAGUACCAGGAUGACUUGGAUAAAGCUAUAGAGCACAUGGAUAUGAAUCCAUCUCACAAGAGCCUGAAGAUACUAGCUAAAGCACCAAUGAAAAACUUAUAUGUACAGCCGGUGGGAACAAAGCAUCAUCAUGACAUGAAGAUAUCAAGGUCCAUGGGAGACAUUCUGGGUUCUCUGUAUAAAGAUGCUGCAAAGGGAAGGAAAUAUUCAACAGGAUCCUUACACACUGGACGCAGCUCUCCUCCUCCAGGAAGUGUCCCUGAUGAACAGGAGCAAAUCGCACGCCAGAAAUCUAUAACAAGUAUCAACAGUGAGGGAGAAUUCAUACCCGAGCUCGUGGAUCCUUUUAUUAGCCCUAAUGGUUCUCUGUCUAGCAGUUGUCAGUCACUAGAUCAAUCGUUGGACAGCCCAGCUUACUCUACGCCGAUUCCAGGAAGAAAAGGUCAGCUCAAAGACAGCAUCGAUUGUUUAGAUUUUGAAAUUCCCCUAUAUGAGAGAUUUGGUAAAGGAGGAACCUUUCCCCGGCAAUUUCACUUUUCUCAAAGUCGGAAAGACUACAGUGAUGGUCGUCGGACAUUUCCAAGAAGUUAUGGUGCACCCGACAAUCCGUUCCAGUUUGGUUCCAGCAGCAGGAAAAGAAGUAUGAAAUCGGACAGCCUGAUGCAGAUUGAAGACCAUAGGAAAUUAUGGUGGACCAACUCAGAGCAAAGCAUACCAUUCUUACACUCCUCACAGACUGACUGCCACAUAUCCCCACAGGCUCCUGAAAAUUGGAGGCUGGGUAAGAUGCUGGGAAGAGGAGCAUUUGGAGAAGUUUAUCUUUGUUAUGAUGUGGACACUGGUAGAGAACUGGCUGUAAAACAGGUGCCGUUCGACCCAGACAGCCAAGAAACAAGCAAGGAGGUGAAUGCUCUAGAAUGUGAGAUCCAGCUGCUAAAGAUUCAUAGACAUGAAAGGAUAGUUCAAUAUUAUGGUUGCUUGCGGGACCCUACUGAGAAGAAGCUCUCCAUAUUUGUGGAGUACAUGCCAGGGGGUUCUAUUAAGGAUCAACUAAAAUCAUAUGGUGCACUGACAGAGAAUGUUACCCGGCGAUAUACGCGACAGAUUCUUCAAGGAGUUUCAUACUUGCAUAGCAAUAUGAUUGUACAUAGAGAUAUUAAGGGUGCCAACAUUUUAAGAGACUCAGCUGGGAACGUAAAACUUGGUGACUUUGGGGCCAGCAAACGUAUCCAGACCAUCUGUAUGUCUGGAACCGGAAUUAAAUCUGUGACCGGGACCCCAUACUGGAUGAGUCCGGAGGUGAUCAGUGGAGAAGGAUAUGGGAGGAAAGCGGAUGUGUGGAGUGUAGCUUGCACAGUUGUGGAAAUGCUCACAGAAAAACCCCCAUGGGCAGAGUAUGAAGCAAUGGCCGCCAUUUUCAAAAUUGCUACUCAACCAACAAAACCAAAGCUUCCGGACAGUGUUUCAGACUCUUGUAGGGACUUCAUGAAACAAAUAUUUGUGGAAGAAAAAAGAAGGCCUACGGCUGAGGAACUUUUAAGGCAUCCUUUUGUUAGUCAUAGUAUUUAAUUUUUUUUCUUAUCACUGUAGAAAAUGUAAACCAAAUGAAGGAUUCUAAAAUGCAUAAAAGAGCCCUCAAAGACAUCCAUGUCUGUACUGCUUGCAUUCCUCAAGAGGCCAAGAAGAUCAGCUCUGGGGAUAUACAUUUCUGCGGCUUCUUAAACACCACUGAAGGAAAACAUAUUGUAUCAUCAACAUACUGCAAUAAUUCAUUGAAGAUCUGUUGAGCAAUAUCCCAGAUCCGUAGGAAGGAUGGGACCCACCAGACCCAAGAACUUUUACAUCCCAAACUAUAGUAUGUUUUGAAUUAAAGUCGUAAUGAUCAAAUGCUAUUGGUGCCUGUAAAGCAGCGAUGAGCAACAGCUGUGCCUUGAAGACUCUGCCAGUGUCUGGAAGUUGCAUUGUACUUCUUCCAGGUUCAGUAGGUCCUAUUAGCGAAACAUUUUCCCACAGUCAUUGUCUCAUUACUAUCUAGACAGUUCAUAAGGGCUAGAGUUUUGCUAUAGAGUGGCUAGACAUUAAAUUGUUAACAGCAAAAGCAAGAUCUGUCACCCCUUAAACCAAACCUCUUAUAGAGGGAACCUGUCACAUUGAAUAUGUAAACAUAUCUGACAUCCUGUUAUAGAGCAGGAGGAGCUAAACAGAUAGAUGUAUAUUUCUAUGGUAAAAAAUCCAAUAGAAUGCUUGUAUAAUUGUCAAUCAAUGGGUAGUAAUGGCUACAUCUCUGCUUAUCCUCCGUUUAGGAAUCCACUACCCAAUAAUUGACCGUUAAAUGGGCACUGCAGGUCCAAAAAACUUUUAUAUUUUGUUACUGAUGAAAAUGAAAGACCUUUCAAUAUGGUUGCUUAAAUUAUUUUGAAUAUUUAAUAAAGAAAAUGGCUCCUGAAAAUCCCACCACUAGGGGUUCUCAUACCUACUAGGACACUAACCAGUCCUGCAGCAGCAUGAGGCUUGUCCAAUGAGUCAUGGACAAGAGAUGACUUGUGGACAAGGCUGUAUGAGCAGACACAUCAAUCACCUCCCACCACCACAAGAAGGACAAACCCCAUACUCUGAGAGGAUUUCUAACACUGUGAGCUAAUAAAAAUAGGUAUUUUUAUAGUGCAUUUAGGUGAUAGAGGCAUAAAAAUUAGAUGUAUAUGGUCAGGAUUAGGUAGUAAAAAAAUUUUUUUGUGGGCUGACAGGUACACUUUAACUGCCUGUGUACACUUAUACAAGGAAGGGUGUCACUCACUAUGUAGGUCUGCCCUCUGGAGUCCUAGGCUCAGGAUCAGCAGGAAUAUAAAUGUUUUAAAAGUUCUACUGUUCAUACAUGCAUGUUAAAUGUGACGGGUUUCUUUUAGGGUAGGGUCAGAUGAGCCGUAUUUUGCUGCAUAUUUUCUGCAUCUGAUUUUGCUACCCAUUGACUUCAAUGGGUAGGAAAAUAUGCAGCAGCAAAAUGUGGCAUUUGUGACCCUAUUGUUAAUUAGAAAGAGGAGUUAAAAGAAAACACUUUUCAAUGGUCUUAACUUAACAAAAAAGUUUAAAAAAAGAAAGAAAAGAAACAUAUUUGGUAUUACCGUGUGUGAUUAUGAUUAUAAAGUACAGUUGGUAACACAGAAAACAAGCCCUCAAAUGUAAUAAAAAUAAAAUAAAAAUAACAUGACUCUUAGAAGACCAGAAGUUAAAAAACAACUGUAAUCAUAAUCACACACACACGGUAAUACCAAAUAUGUUUCUUUUCUUUUUUAACCCUUUUUUUUGUUAAAUGAGAAAAGGGGAGAUUUUAAUUGUUAUUGCAGGGGGGACUUAUUCACUUCACAUUUUUUAUUUUUUUACACACCUUACAUUUUUAUUCCACUACAGGGCACCAUUUAUAGCAAUCACUCGAUUGCUAAUACCGUUCAGUGCUAUGCAUACGCAUAGCACUGAUCAGUAUUAUCUGCAAUCUACUUCUCUGCAGACUGCAGAAGAGCAGGGGACCUCCAGCCACCACAGGUAGUCUGAUGAGUCUGACUAAGCCCCGUUAUGUUUUAUGGAUUGAUCAUGGCAUCUGAAGGGUUAAUAGUGGGCAUCAGCAUCAUCGAUGCUUUGAGCAUCCGGGCCCGCCAUGCAUGAAGUGAUUGCAGCUCCUGUGGUCACUUCAUGUACCAGAGCAGGGGUACAAACUGUUCCGACGCUGAAGCCGGCGGCGGGAGCUCAUGAUGUCAUAGCCCCCUCACGAUGUCACGCCACACCCCCUCAAUGUAAGUCUAUGGAAGGGGGCCUGAUGCCUGUCACGCCCCUUCCCAUAGGCUUGCAUUGAGGGUGCAGGGCAUGACAUCAUGAGGGGGUGGGGCUAUAAAGUCACAAGCUCCUGGCUCCAGCGUUCAGAACAGUUUGAUCCAAACACUGAGCAGCAGAGUACCCCUUUAAGGGGUUAAAAGGCCUCAUAAACAAUUGUGUUUUUUAAUGCCAGAAGGAAGAGCUAAAAAAUGUCUAACAUCUAUGGAUGGAGCCAUUAGAUUCUUAUGUAUAGUAUCAUGAAUUGUCUUUGCUGUCACCUCUUCUGAGGAAUAAAUAAUUGUAUUCAUUUCCAGAUUUUACUUGACAUUUAAAAAAGUUUUUAAGUCACUGUAGCAACAGACAUUAGAUUUUAUCAAAAGAUCCCACAAACACCAGGAUCUACUGAUAUAUAAGAAAGAAUGCUUGAUAUUUUUUCUUUUAGGAAGAAGUAUAAUGUGUGCCUAUUUUUUGCCAAUAUUUUAUUGUUACCAGCUGAUGUUAUCUCUCCUGGUUACAUGAAAUUACGAUAAAUUCAUCUGAACCAAUGGUGGUAACUUCAGGAAGUGUGUUGUGUUGUCUAUGGUCUGCUAUAGGAAAUUCCAAUUUAAUUCCAAUUCCAAUCUAAAUUCGGAUAGUAACUGGUGUCAUAUAGAGGAUUAAUUCAUACAACAAUAUGUAAUGACCGGAGUCCUUCUUUAAACUGUCUCGUAAAGAAGCUAUUGACUUCCCCAUACACCAUAGGCCUCGUGUUGCUCACUGCUGCUUUUCUGCAUCAAAUACCUAUUAACUUGUAAUGAAGACAGUUUAUUUUUUCAUAAACCUCUUAUAUAUAAUUCCAGAAAACUAUUUUUAAAUGGCAUAUUAGAUCCUGAAACUGUUUAUAUUUGUAAUACCAAACUGUUCAAUAAGUGGACCAGAAAGUAUUUUCAGAAAAAAAUAAAUAAAAAAAAAAUGUUAUUUAAUAUGACACAUCAGA